UUCGAUCGAUGCUCUCUGCAGCCGCCUGUGAUGUCUUUGAAGCGGUACAUGGCGCUUCCUGAGUGCUUCUCUGUGUUCUAAAAAGGGGACAGCGCAAGGAAACAGUAGACCCACAUGGGGUACCACUCGUCAGACAGUGAGGACGAUGGCCGCAGCAGCCGGAGGACGAAGAAGCACCGGCGCCGCUCUUCGUCCUCGUCCUCGUCCAGCUCAUCUGGGAGCCGCGUGACCAGCCGUAGCAAGCGGUCCGGCCGUAGGUCACGGUCGAGAGACAGAAGGCAUGUGGAGCGCCGGCGUCGCUCCAGCAGCAGCUCGUCACGUGACUCGUCCAGGAGGAAGAGGAGCAGCCACAGCGCUGACCGAAGCCGGGCACGGCGCUCCAGGCGGUCCCGCAGCAGGAACCGGAGGUCACGCUCCCGCCAUCGCCGAUCGCACAGCCGCAGCAGCCGCUCCAGCCACAAGCGCAGCCGCAGCCAAUCACGAGACCGGGGAAGCCGCCGCAAGACCCGAGACAAGGAGAAGGGGCGUGAUCGGGACCGGGAGCGAGCUCGGGACAGAGACCGAGAGCGUGAGAAGAAGGAGAAGGAGAAGGAGGCGCGCGCGGAGAAGCAGCGGUAUGGCCACCUGACACACCGCACACACACACACACACACACACACGCAUAUUGGUAUUUGUCAGUCAGGUGCGCAUUUUUCCACCUGACGUCGUGUCUCUCUCUCUCUCUUCUAGCUAAAACAGAUGAGGUGCUAAAAGCCAAGGAGAAGAAGGAGGAAGAGGCGAGGAAGAAGAGGGAGGAAGAGGAGGCGUCGCUGGAGGAGCAAGUGAGGAGGAUAAAGGACAUCGAAGCCAUCGAGAGCGAGUCCUUUGUUGCUCAGGCUUUCAAAUCAACCAGAGACGGCAAAAAGGCAGCUGAACCAGCAGAAGUCAAACAGGAGUCCGACUCUGAGGCCGACGUUCCCGCUGACAAGCUAGAGGUGUCCCUUCCCAUGACCAUCCGUUACCAAGACAGUGACACGCUGGCUCACCCCAACCUGUUCAUGGAGAAGGAGAAGGCGGAGGAGAUGUGGAUGAGCAGGCUGGUUGCUCUACGGCAGGAGAGGCUCAUGGGUAGCCCUGUGCCCUGAGUGCAGCUGGAUCCAUCAAGACCCCGUCAGAGCAGAAGCCUAACAGGAUUAAUGCGGUGGGCUUCUGCAGCGAGGAUUUCUGUGAAGCUCACUGCUCACCCCUUUGUACCCAAGGACAUUUACAUGUGGAUAACCUGAUCUGGGAAUAUGCCUCAUUUGUGUCUGAUUUCUACUGUAAAUUGUAGUGUUUAUGCUAUGUUUUAUUUUUGUGUUCUUUUAGGUUUUGUACCAUGUUUUGAUUCAUCGUUAUUAAAAUAAACUUCCAUCUCUACCAA